AUGGAAGAGGGCAGUCAAGAAGGUGAGAAUGUAACCAGAGUCACUGAAUUCAUUCUUCUUGGUUUCCCUGGACCUCAAACGCUGAUUUUUUUAAUGUUUAUGCUCUUUCUUCUGAUGUACAUCCUGACGCUUUGGGGGAAUGUAUCUAUCAUCAUUUCAGUAAGUGCAAAUCAUCAGCUGCAUACUCCCAUGUAUUUCUUCCUUUGCAACCUCUCUUUCCUGGAAAUAUGGUACACCACAGCAUCUAUCCCUAAGAUCCUUUCAAUUUUUUUAGGGAGGAGCAGGAGCAUCUCAUAUGUUGGCUGUCUUAUGCAGCUAUACUUUGUUUUUUCUUUGGGAAGUACUGAACAAUUCCUGCUAUCUAUCAUGGCGUAUGACAGAUGUUUGGCUAUAUGUUAUCCUCUUCACUAUAACAUAAUCAUGGGCAUCAAUCUUUCUAAUAAACUGGCAUUUUGCUGUUGGCUGGUUGGAUUUCUUAUUGUUUCUAUUCCAGCCUAUCUGAUCACAACUUUGACCUUCUGUGGGCCCAAUGUAAUCAAUAAUUUCUAUUGUAGCAUUGACUCCUGGAUAGUUCUUUCCUGUACUGACACUCACCUUAUUGAGCUGUCAUCCUUCAUCAUUGCCAUCAUUGUUAUCUUGGGUUCCUGCAUGAUGACUUUUCUUUCCUACAUUUGCAUUAUCCGCACUAUUCUACACAUCCCUUCUGUCAAAGGACGACAAAAGGCCUUCUCCACUUGUUCUUCCCAUCUUUUCCUUUUGUUGAUUUGGUAUGGUUCCACCAUCUUCCUUUUUGUCAAGCCUUCUAAACAGAUGUCUUUAGAAACGAACAAAAUUAUGAAUAUCUUCAGCCUCAUUGUAGUUCCACUGUUGAAUCCUUUUAUCUACACCCUGAGAAACAGAGAGGUGAAGGAGGGCUUGAAGCACUUAUUAUUACAUUGGCAUCUCUACUGA